ACGAAGCGAAGCGAGACUUUGUACUGUCGGCUGUUAUCGAGGGAGAGGGAAACUUUGGUUUACAGUUUUCAGCCAGCACCUAACUGUCCGUCUGAAGGAGCAAAUAGUCGCCCGGAAUGUCGAGAAAAGCAGCAGCAGCGCUAACUGACCGGUAACUUAGCAAAAUUAGUGUUUUGUAGCCACCGCUAAUCGCGGCGGCUAACUAACGUUAGCUAACAGCUAACUACCGUCGGCGAGCUGGUCGAGCUGUGAGGGGUCAGAGGAGCUGCGUUAGGUGUUGAGCGUCCACUGCUCUGAGAAGAAUUGGCACGGCUUCUGUCUCAGACUCGACCUGUUUUGUGCUACAAGAAAUCGUAGCUAAGGUUACAGCGGCUGCCUGCUGCGAAGGCUCUCUGACAUGGUCAGAAAUACGGGUUUUGUCACAGCGUAAACAGACGAACUCUUAAAACAUGAACCUUACGGAGUUGGAAGAGCACAUCACCUUGAAGUAUGAAAUCAAGAGAAGACUGGGAAAAGGCGCAUAUGGAAUUGUGUGGAAGGCAGUGGAUAGAAAAACAGGAGAGACGGUGGCUGUGAAAAAAAUAUUCGAUGCUUUCAGGAAUCGAACUGAUGCUCAGAGAACAUUCAGAGAAAUCAUGUUUCUUCAGGAGUUCGGAGAUCAUGCAAAUAUCAUCAAAUUACUGAAUGUCAUCCGAGCUCAGAAUGACAAAGAUAUUUACUUGGUCUUUGAGUACAUGGAUACUGACCUGCAUGCAGUAAUAAAGAAAGGCAACCUCUUGAAGGACAUUCAUAAGCGCUACAUCAUGUACCAGCUUCUCAAAGCCACCAAGUACUUACACUCAGGAAAUGUGAUCCACAGGGAUCAGAAGCCAUCCAAUAUACUGCUAGAUGCAGACUGCUUCGUCAAACUGUGUGACUUCGGCUUGGCACGCUCCCUCUAUCAGAUGCAAGAAGAUGUUGGGAACCCUGCCCUAACAGAAUAUGUGGCAACACGGUGGUACCGUGCUCCUGAAAUUCUUCUUGGCUCCUCUAGGUACACAAAAGGGGUGGACAUGUGGAGCAUAGGCUGCAUUCUAGGGGAAAUGUUACUUGGCAAGCCGCUUUUCCCUGGAACCUCCACCAUCAAUCAGAUUGAAAAAAUCAUGAGUGCCAUUCCACACCCUAUGCCAGAGGAUGUUUUGGCCAUUAGAUCAGAGUAUGGAGCAUCUGUAAUCCAGAGAAUGCUACUUAGGCCACAGGUUCCUUUGGGUGACUUACUGCAGCCAUCAGUGCCACAUGAUGCUCUUGAUCUGCUACAGCGCCUGCUGGUCUUCAACCCAGAUAAAAGGCUGACAGCAGAGCAAGCCCUUCAGCACCCUUAUGUGGCCAAGUUUCACAAUCCAGCUAGAGAACCCAGUCUGGACUAUGAUGUUAUUCUCCCCGUGGAUGAUGAUGUCCAGCUCUCUGUUGCUCAGUACAGAAACAAGCUUUAUGAGAUGAUUCUAGAGAAACGGGCAACUCGCCAAAUGGAAAGACGAGUUCAUGUGAAGCAGCAAGCUGAAGAGAAAACAGGUGGAGUUAGCAGAGACAACAAACUGCAUAAGGUCAGCGGACAAGACAAAGAGUGUAGGAUGGAAGACACAGAGGGAGGGGGAGGAGAUGGCGAAAAGAAAUCUGUCCAUAACAAAACGGGCCAUCCUGCAACUCGACCAGUUGUUGCCAAGCCUGUCCCCACACAAGAGCAAGCUCAGACAGUCAUUGAGAGAAGCAGUCCAGCUACCAGCCCCAGCAUGGCCAAGAUAUCCUAUAACCCCAUCACACAUGUGUCCAAUGGUGUGGUCAAAUCGUCCAGUACCCCUUCCGUUUCCCCUCAACAUCUGCAUCACCGAUUUGGCAGAAAGAUGGUGCAGCCACCUCAAAGCCAUGACAGCAGUAGCAUCUUGCCCACAGAGAGCUGUAACAAGGGUGUAGAGCAGAGUCAGCAGCGUGGUCAAUCAGCCCCAGUGGCACGCACCCGCUCUUUCUCCCUCACCCUCUCACCGCCCCAGAACAACCCUCUGCUCCGCAAGGAGGAGACCAUGAUUUCCCCCGGUCUGUGCGUCACCUCUGCUCGGCUCAAUCAGCGUUCCCCCUCACAGACACGGGAUGCAAAACCUCCUCCCAGGUUUAGCAAGAAGGUGUUCCAGAGCAACUCUAAUAUCUCUGCUGCUGGAGACCCUCGAGCCAAACUGGGAAGCUACGCUCAGGCCUAUGGGACCAUCAACAAGACAGAGCUGGACAAUCUGCUUAAGAGCUGCCAGCAAAUAUAGAAUCUAGUGGAGUUGGGUCAUUAAAGACCCCUACAGGGGUGGCAGUAUGCAGAAAUUGAGGCCUGCGCCUCUGACAGAAGGGGGUCCAGUAUGUUGAGUGGUGGCACGUCAUGGGGUUUUGAUAAUAUAGUCUUCAUGACGGACUUGCUGUAGGAUCUCACAGUGAGAUGGAUGCUGUCCUGAGACCUGAAAGCCAGCUCCUCUUCCACUUUGUACUGUCUUUGCGCUCUGUACAGAAACCUGAUUCAUCUUUAUGAUGUUAAGAUGAUGCAAUAAAGAACUUGUGAAUAAA